CUGACAACAACCACAGAAGAGAGCUAGCAAGAGAACGAAUCGUGUCUCCUUUUCCUUUAUCCAAUCCUAAAUUCCAUCGAAGACGAAAUGUUCCUCCACGAGAACACCUCAAACCUAGCUUUCGGGCCGUUAGCACUCCCCGUUCAAAGCUCCGAACCAGCUCGCACGCUGGUUUGGAAUGUACCGGCAGAUAAACUACACGAAAUUCCAGACCAUUGGUUUAAAUACCCAGCGGUGGACUCUCUCGUUCACUUUAUUCUCGCCAUCGUUUACAUCCUUUUUAUGAUCUUCGCUCUGACUGGCAAUGGAAUGGUCAUCUGGAUUUUCGCUACCUCCAAGUCCCUGCGGUCGGCUUCUAACAUGUUUGUUGUCAAUUUGGCGAUUGCUGACUUUAUGAUGAUGCUUAAGGCACCUAUCGUAAUCUACAACUCACUAUACGAGGGCUACGAACUAGGCUUGUGGGGUUGCCAGAUAUUUGCCACCAUGGGUGCCUACUCUGGAAUUGUGCAGGCUACCACCAACCUUUGCAUCGGUUACGACAGAUACAAGAACAUCUCGAGUCCUCUAGACGGUCAGAUGAGCAAGAAAAAGGCCUUCUUUUUCAUCCUGCUGACUUGGGCCUGGGCAACCCCCUGGACACUGAUGCCUCUCUUUGAAUACUGGGGCCGGUUCGUUGCUGAGGGAUUCCUGACGACCUGCAGCUUCGACUUCCUCACUAAUACCAUGGACAUCAAGUUGUUUGUCUUCUUCAUAUUCACCUUCUCCUACGCUAUCCCGAUGUUUAUGACUAUGUUCUUCUACUCGCAAAUAGUCUCUCAGGUUUUCAAUCACGAGAAGGCCCUCAGGAAGCAGGCUAAGAAGAUGAAUGUGGAAUCUCUGAGGAGCGGUGACCAGGCUGCAGUAUCCGCGGAAGCUAGGAUUGCCAAAACUGCUAUCACUAUUUGUGGACUUUUUGUCUUCUCCUGGACACCUUACGCCGUCAUCGCUUUGAUCGGCGCUUUCGGCAAUCAGGCACUUAUCACACCUCUUGUGUCUAUGGUUCCAGCCUUGUGCUGCAAGCUUGUUGCUUGCUUUGACCCAUAUGUGUACGCCAUCAGCCACCCCAAGUACAGACUUGAGCUUAAGGAACGUUGCGCAUGCCUUGGUAUCAAUGAAGAACAACCCGCUAAGAAUGAGGAUACGAAAACUACUGCUGCUUAAUAAAACAUGCGACUGAAACUGUUCUACGAUGAUGACCGGAUGCAAAAUAAUUAAAAUAAAGCAAGCAAAUGAAA